GAGCACGCGCAGAGUUCGGCCAGGCAGGCAGCCCGCCUCGCUGGGCGUCCAUUGGGAGGUGACCCCGCCCCUUCCGGCUUCACCUGGCAGACAGGUACGUCCGGCGAGGCGAAAAUGGGGCCGCUGCUGGGGCGGCGGAAGCGGCAGAAGCCUGGCGGGGCGGCCCUCCUGCCGCUGCUCCUGCUCGUUGGCAGAGUCCGCUCUCUGGAGAUCCAGGCUGACCCGGAAGUCCAGGCCUUUGUGGGGGAGCCAGUGACCCUCAGGUGCUGGUUCCAGUCCUCCUCUCCAGUCACAGAGAAGCUGACCAUCGACUGGACGUUCCGGCCCCUUUCAGGGGGCAGUUUGCAGCCGAUCUUCCACUACCAAUCCGACGCCUACCCAACAAACAGGGGCACCUUCCGCGGCCGAGUCUCCUGGGCUGGCGAUGUGGCCAAGCGGGAUGCCUCCAUUGCGAUCGCCAACCUGACGCUGAAUGACAACGGCACCUUCAGCUGCACUGUGAAGAAUCCGCCAGAUGUGCAGCACAACAUCCCUCAGACCCUGCUCACUGUCACUCAGAGAGGUGCCUCUCUGCAGCUGACAUCAGCCGGGCUGCUUUCCAUCCUGGUCUUCCUGCCCUCGGCUGUCGUGGUGACUCUUCUGCUGAUUCGGAUGGGCAAAAAGUUCGGGCUGCUGAAGCGCAAGAAAAACGUCAGCUGCAAGAAGUCUUCCAUUGAAGUCUCUGAUGAACCGGAGCAGGCUGGCUGUGGGGAGCGGCUGACAAGAUGGUGUGUGCAGUGCCUGGACACCGAUGAGGAGGGUCCUUACUGACUGGAAGGCAAAGGCCACCCGUUGGACUGUCUGUUGGAAGGCCGCCAGGAUCUGCCCCAGUGAUUCCAUGGUGAAUAGGACUUCGCCUUGAGAGUGUCAGGAGGACGCUGAUGCCAUAGGGCCAGUUUUAUUUCAACUUGGGAAGACACACAAUUUUCGGUUUCUUAUUUGUUGGUUCAUCUCUUGCCCUGUGUGUCUGGACUGAGAGCGGGGCUGAUGCAGCGGGGACGGGGGAGACGGCUAAACUCUUGGGGAGCUCACCAGGUCUCUGCGUAUCAUCUACUCCUGAGUUGUCGCAUCUCCAUGUGCUACAUAGGACUCAGCCGUAUUGUAGCAGGCAUCGUGUGCUGGGAUGACACAGUUACUAGCCAGUCCUUGUCUGUGACUUUGUACAAACCUCCCAGCUACCUAAGAAAGCCAGCGUCUUGGCUCCUGGGCCCACGCUAGCUGCUGCAGCAGCAGGAGCAAAAUGCCUUGAAAUGCUUGCCAGCUUUGCGACAGGCUGCUUGUGUCUGUUGCAGCUGGGAAACGACGGUCCGUUGCCAUGGGCACGUGUAUGCGGGAUUUGGGCUAGCCUUGAAACAGUCCAUGCGUGGCAGCUCCAAUGACCUUGAGAGGUGGCUGCAGGCAUUUCCUGGCUCAGGGUGCCACAGGGACUCACUGUACUUUUUUUCCGGAUGGCAGAAGGGCCACUGCAGGGCCUCCCCCUGCGGCUGCUGUGCUUGCUGUUUUGCGGGGGUGGGGGCAGAAGGUCAGCUGCGGGAAACUGGGGCCCCCAACAAAGGCAAGUGUGGCUACGGGCCUUGUGCCACAUGCCUGUUCUUGCAACUCCUGGUUGGUGUGACUCCGCUGUACGCAAUCAGGAGAAUGGUGGCCUGAACGCGGACACGUGUGUGAACCUGCAGCUGCUGGGCUGAGAGGCUGAAGUGCUGGGCCUCUCCUGGUCUGAGCCCCCUCUCCCUCCUUGCCAGCUGGCCCCUCCUCUCUGAGUGGCUGCUGGGGGUCUCGAUUCUCUCUUAUUCUCUAUCGUUCCAUUCCAUGGUGGGUCUUCCUCAGAGAGGAGCUGGAAAAGAGGUUUCCUCUCUCUUGGAGUCAAUAAACAUCUUGAACCAG